CCUCCCCCGCCCCUUCUUCCUCCUGUUCCUAUUGAAGACAAAUAUAGCCACACCAACGAGGGCAAGGCAGUGGAAGGAAUGAACGGAAAAAUACCUGCCGUGUGUCGCAUAUCUACUAAUUUCAAUAGAGGCGCAGUGUGUUCCCGCCUCCGUAGCAGCAGCAGCAGCAGCAGCAGUGGAGGUCUUGCAUAUUCCCGUCGGCCGCUCACCUGGCAACCUUUGUUGAUGGCCCCGCAGUACACACCGCCCUGCCAGGCUGAGGGGAGGCGCAGGGAGGCGGGGGAGGGAGCUGCCAUGGUCCUCGUGCUGCGACGGUGCAGGGUGAAGAGCAAGGUGGUGAUGAUGAUGUUGAUGACAGUGAUGAUGAUGAUGAUGACGGUGGUGAUGAUGAUCAUUUGUUGUUCUAGAUUACCCAGCUGCCGCCUACCUGUCCGCUUCGACCCUCCACCAGCAGACACUUGCCUCGCGUCGAAAGCACUGAGCCAUCCGCUGCUGCAGAGAACCAACGGGAGGGUACAGAGACUGCCCGGUGACGUGCUGGAGGUGGACCUGGAAGGGUCGUCCUGGCAGCCCUGGAGAGAGCCUGGGAACUGCUCCAACUAUCUCACAAGGUUCGGGCGGCGCCUCUCCCCCGUGCUGCUGGUGUCCCUGCCGUGCUCGGGCAACACCUGGCUGCGCUACCUGCUGGAGGGCGCCACGGGACUCUUCACGGGCUCCCGCUACUUCGACGACCACCUACAGCACGGCGGGUUCCUGGGGGAGGGAGUGACCAUGGACAAGGGGACGACUCUGCUUCACAAGACUCACGGCGCGACGCUGGAGCCUUUCACCCAUGACCUCGUGACGCGCUACCUCGAGGUGGACCCCAACCUGCCCACCGUGCUGCUCAUCCGUGACCCCGCCAGGGCGGUGCUCUCCUACUACAAGCUGAGCAAGCUGAUUGGAGGCGACAGGCACCGAGCUGAGAUACCGGAGUCAAUGUUCCGGGGUGAAGAGUUCCGUGACUUCGUGGCGGACGUGACUCUGCUGUGGGAGGAGCUGGCCACGGACCGCCUGCUGUGGACCACCAAGCCUCUCUACGUCCUGUAUUAUGAAGACCUCACAGCCAACCCCAUCCACCACCUGCGCCUCCUCCUCGACUUUCUCAGUGUCCCGACGGACGAGGGUCGCCUGGUGUGUCUGGCCGCCCACCUCGACGGCUCCUUUAGGCGCAACUCCUCCAGGACCUUCGACCCUUUUACGCAGGAGGAGAAGCUCAGAUUUGCUCAGGCCGUCAGGAGGGUGAACAAUUUGCUGGAGCUCCUGGGCUACCCACUCAUCCCCGCCCACGCUGACCGCCCUUGGUAGCUCGAGGCGACUGUCCAUCACCAAAUGAAGGCACCACGUUUGCCUGACCCACCAGGACAAGUCACUGCCUUGAGAAGUUGCCGUGAAGCUCUGUCAGGAAAAACUUUUAUGAGGUGGACACUCCAGGAAAGGAAAUUUAAGUUAUUCACGUGAGAGCAUUUGCUGGACAUUGCAUUCAUGAAGCCCAGGGUAAAUGCUAUAUGUUCUUGUAAUACUCAGCUGCUAUAAAGAAAAACAGUCUCUUCCCCUUGCUUUCGCCCAAGUGAGGCCUCAAAUGGUGGACUCGUGUGGGCGUCCAGUGCUCUUGUGAUGGGACAGUGGAGCGUGACUCGUGAGUGGAGGAGGGCACUUGGAGGUGAAGCGAGGAAAAGAAAGUGGCGCUGUGUGAGGAAAAUAAGACCUGUUUCUUUCAAGAGAUGUAAUAAACUGGAAAUCUCACAAAACACGGACAAUGAAGGCAAAUGGAGCGAAAACAUAUAUUCAGGAAGGAAAUGUAGGAUGAAAGAGUGGAAGGAAAGUGGAUGCGCGUGCAGCAGUAGCAGCAGCAGCAGGAGGAGAAUAAAAGGCUCAGUCAUGUUAGGAAAUACUAAGGAAUCAAGUGGAUUUUUUUAGUCAUGCUGGAAAAGUUUUGACCGAUCCUGAGAAGCAAAAUAAAGGUAAUACAUGAAAUUUGCCUGUUAUGGGAAUGCAAAUCAUGCGCUUCUUCAAGUGGGGAGCAAAAUGUUGGCCUGAGUUUUUCAUUAAGGCGAAAAAUUUUGUACAUUAUUUUUCUUAAGAAUGGAAUACAAACAUUGUG